AUGUCAGCAUCUAAGAUUCCACUUUUCAAAAUGAAGGACCUGAUAUUGUUCCUGUGCCUCUUGAAAAUGAGUUUUGCAGUGCCGGCAUUUCCUCAGCAGCCUGGGACACAGGGUAUGGCACCACCAGGCAUGGCUAGUUUGAGCCUUGAGACAAUGAGACAGUUGGGAAGUUUGCAAGGAUUAAAUGCACUUUCUCAGUAUUCUAGAUUUGGCUUUGGAAAAGCACUCAAUUCUUUGUGGUUGCAUGGUCUCCUCCCACCACCUGCCUCUUUCCCAUGGAUGAGACCAGGAGAACACGAAACUCAACAGUAUGAAUAUUCUUUGCCUGUGCAUCCCCCACCUCUCCCAUCACAGCCACCCCUGCAUCCUCAACAGCCAGGAAUGAAACCCUUCCUCCAGCCCACUGCUUCAACGGCCUUCCAGGCCACAGUCCAGAAGGGAGGUCCCCAUCCUCCAAUGCACCCAGGACAGCUGCCCUUGAAGGAUGGAGAAAUGCCAGCAGUUCAGCAGCAGGUGGCACCAUCGGAGAAGCCACCAACAUCCGAGAUGCCACUAAUGGAUUUUGCUGGUCAAGAACUUCCAACAGUGUUCCAUUUAGCCCGUUUGAUAUCUCGGGCACCAAUACCAGACAAUAAACCAUCUACACUUUAUCCAGGAAUGUUUUAUAUGUCAUAUGGAACAAAUCAACUGAAUACUCCUGCCAGACUUGGCUUCAUGAGUUCAGAAGAAAUGCCUGGAGCAAGAGGCCCAAUGGCCUAUGGAGCUAUGUUCCCAGGAUUUGAAGGCCUGAGGCACACCCUUAGAGGACUAGGCCCCAACACAGCCAAAGGAGGAGACUUUACUCUGGAAUUUGACUCCCCAGUGUCUGUAACCAAAGGAACCAAGGGUCCUGAGAAGGGAGAAGAAGAGCCUCAGGGGUCCCCUCUGCACGAGGGCAACCCAGAAGGCCCUGCUCGCCUUUCCCAUAUAGCAUCUGGUGCCCAUGCAGGGCUCCUGGGUUUCCCUGACGACAACAUUCCCAGUCUGGCCAGGGGCCCUGCUGGCCAAAGGCCGGGAUCCCCUGGGGUCACCCCAGCAAACACUGAUCCACUGAUGACCCCUGAAUUGUCUGAAGUUUAUGAUGUCUAUGGUAGUGAUGUUACCACACCCUUGGGUGAGGGCGAGGCUACCAUGGAUACCACAAUGUCCCCAGACACUCAGCAAACAUUGAUUCCGGGAAACAAAAUGCACCAUCCCCAGAUGGUACAUGAUGCCUGGCGUUUCCAAGAGCCCUGACAGCCUUGAUAUACCAGCUACAUUCUGUAUGCACAAGCUUCCUAGCUUUGUCCCCAUAGUGUAUCUUUUUGCUAAAACACUUAUUACCCUCCUGCAGCAAAGGCAUUAAAAAGCACUAAGCAUGUAUUAAUAAAUACAAGUGGCUAGAAAUAGUGUAGGUCCCCUUCUUGCUUCCAUUCUCUUAUUCAAAUAAAAUGUGUCAACUGUC